CAAAACCAAACACAACCAUGAUGUUUACUUUAACCGCAACGCCACCGUGCUCCGUCGCCUCGUCAGCUUUUACCGACACCGUAGUCUCUCAAUCACUUCAUUUUCUUAAUAUUUGACAAUUAUUCACUUCAUUUUCUUAAUAAUUGACAAUUAUUCAUGCGAGUUCUUUUUUUUUCUUUUUUUUUCUGUUUGGAACAACCGUACAUGGGCAAGCAACAUUCACCGGUCAACCACUUUCCGACGACGUUAUCAACAUGAAUAUUCCUUUGAAAAAGCCUCUCUCCUUCUCUUCCGGGUCUACAUUCCGGUCCAAAUCGUCCCGAUCCUUGGACCAAAGGCAGUGCCCGUACAAUCAUAGCGACCGGCCUCACUAUCAUCGUAGCAAUAGCGCGAAUCAUAAUCGGAUGAGCCAGAGAAACUGGAUGCAUUUGGGGAACGAGGCGACGACGCCUCUCGCUACUUCGCCUCUAGUGGAUGUGAAGCUAAAAAACAUUGUAGGUAACGGGAUUUCUGGAGUGCUUUACAAAUGGGUGAAUUAUGGGAAAGGUUGGAAACCGAGGUGGUUCGUUUUGCAAGACGGGGUGUUAUCGUACUAUAAACUCCACGGACCUGAUAAGAUCAUCGUCAGCCAAGAAACGGAAAAGCGGUGCAAAGUUAUCGGCGAAAAGUCUCUACGUAUUAUCACCCGCCGUCGCAAACCCACUUCUCGGCAUUCCCCAGGCCGUCGCAAACCCUUCGGUGAAGUCCACCUAAAGGUUUCCUCGAUCCAUGAAACCAAAUCAGAUGAUAAGAGGUUCUCGAUUUACACUGGAACGAAAAUGCUUCAUUUACGAGCCGAGACGCGGGACGAUCGGGUUGCGUGGAUGGAAGCACUUCAGGCGGUUAAGGAUUUAUUUCCUAGGAUACCUAAUAGCGAGCUCAUGGCUCAGGUGAACAAUACGGUGGUUUCCACGGAGAAGUUGAGGCAACGGUUGAUGCAAGAAGGGGUUAGCGAAUUGGCUAUCCAAGAUAGCGAGGGGAUUAUGAGGACAGAAUUCUCAGCAUUGCAGAAGCAGCUGCUGUUGCUUUCGCAGAAACAGUGUCUUCUAAUCGAAACCUUGCGUCAGUUAGAGACGGAAAAGGUUGAUUUGGAAGAUACAGUGAUCAUUGAGAGCCAAAGCAAGUUGAAUCUUGGGGCUUCCUCUAUGACAACGCAGGAGAAGUCUAGUGAAGGAUAUACAACUGACUCAGAUGAUGAUAAUGAAAGAAUUGAUGCUGCAGAAGAAGAAACUGAUGAAGAUGACCAUCAUUUCUUUGAUACUUGCGAGUUUUUAUCAUCAAGUUCAUUCAAAGAGAACUGCUCUGAUUUCCGGACUCAAAUUCUCUCUUCAGAUGAUGAAGGCCUUAAUACUCUUGGUUCUGAAGAUGACAUCGAUCCUGCAAUCAAAUCGGUUGGAAGUAACUUUCCUUUCAUUCAACGACGAAAGAAGUUGCCUGACCCAGUUGAAAAGGAGAAGGGUGUAAGUCUAUGGUCAAUAAUUAAGGAUAAUAUUGGGAAAGACCUUGCAAAAGUUUGUCUUCCUGUUUACUUCAAUGAGCCUCUCUCUUCUCUUCAAAAGUGUUUUGAGGAUUUGGAAUAUUCAUAUCUACUCGACCGUGCAAAUGAAUGGGGGAAUAGGGGGAAUGGUCUCAUGAGAAUUCUUAAUGUGGUUGCAUUUGCUGUGUCUGGAUAUUCUUCAACUGAAGGAAGAAUGUGCAAACCUUUUAAUCCCUUAUUAGGGGAAACAUAUGAGGCUGACUAUCCAGAUAAAGGCGUUCGCUUCUUCUCAGAGAAGGUCAGUCAUCAUCCUACUGUUGUAGCAUGUCAUUGUCAGGGCACAGGAUGGAAAUUUUGGGGUGAUAGCAAUUUGAAGAGCAAAUUUUGGGGUCGCUCAAUUACACUUGAUCCUGUUGGUGUUUUGACCUUGGAGUUUGAAGAUGGAGAAGUGUUCCAGUGGAGUAAGGUUACAACAUCAAUAUACAAUCUCAUACUUGGAAAAUUGUACUGUGAUCACAGUGGUACUAUGCACGUAAAAGGUAAUCUUGAAUAUUCGUGUAAGCUGAAAUUCAAGGAGCAAUCUAUUGUUGACAGAAAUCCUCACCAGGUACAUGGUACAGUUCAAGAUAGGAAUGGAAAGACAGUGGUUACGAUAUUUGGAAAAUGGAAUGAAAGCAUGCAUUAUGUGAAUGGAGAUUGUUCCAAGGGAAAAGGGCAAGGGUCUCUAUCGGAAGCCAAUCUACUUUGGAAACGGAGGAAGCCUCCGAAAAAUCCCACCAGAUAUAACUUAACACGUUUUGCCAUCACAUUGAAUGAGCUCACCCCUGGUCUCAAGGAAAAGCUACCUCCUACUGAUUCAAGGCUGAGACCCGAUCAAAGGUAUCUGGAAAAUGGGGAGUAUGAAAUGGCAAAUUCAGAGAAGUUGCGGUUGGAACAGCGGCAACGACAGGCUCGAAAGAUGCAAGAGAGGGGGUGGAAGCCAAGGUGGUUUGCAAAGGAUAAAAACAGUGACCCUUACCGUUAUAUUGGUGGAUAUUGGGAGGCUAGAGAUCAGGGGAAAUGGGAUUCAUGCCCUGAUAUUUUUGGCCAAAUCCCUUGUGAUCACCCUCACUGAUGACCCCAUCCAUUACAAAAGCUUUUAUACUCUACUACGACUCAUAACAGUGUAUUCCCCAUUCACUAACCCAACAUACCAACGGAUGAUGUAAUUUGUCCCCACAGAAACAGACUACAGCAACAGCAAUUAAU